GCAGCUUUAACGUUCAGCAGCUGUUCAGCUUACUCAUGGCCAUGAUGCAUUUGGAAGAAGAUCAGAUUGUGCUUGAUGAAGCAGAUAAUACCAUCUGUGAAGAAAUAUCUUCAAGAUUCCCAGAAAUCAUGUCAGUAGGAUCUCAUUCAUUCUCCCCAGGAGGCCCUAAUGGGAUUAUUAGAAGUCAAUCUUUUGCUGGUUUCAGUGGUCUUCAAGAAAGAAGAUCCAGAUGUAAUUCCUUUAUUGAGAAUACCCCUGCACUCAAGAAACCCCAAGCCAAAGUGAAGAAAGCACAUCAUUUGGGGCACAAAAGUAACAGCUCUGCUAAGGAGCCUCAGCCUGAAAGAAUGGAAGAAGUUUACAAGGCCUUGAAGAAUGGACUGGAUGAGUAUUUGGAAGCUCAUCAAACAGAACUGGAUAAAUUAAGUACUCAGUUAAAGGACAUGAAAAGAAAUUCACGGCUGGGGGUGCUGUAUGACCUUGACAAGCAAAUGAAAGCAAUUGAAAGAUAUAUGAGAAAGCUUGAGUUCCAUAUCAGUAAGGUAGAUGAACUCUUUGAAGGCUAUUGUAUCCAAAGACGGCUUCGUGAUGGUGCCAGCAAAAUGAAGCAAGCAUAUGGGUUGUCACCUGCUAGCAAGGCAGCUCGAGAGAGUUUAUCAGAAAUCAACAAAAGCUAUAAAGAAUAUACAGAGAGCAUGUGUGCCAUUGAAGGAGAACUCGAAAAUUUAAUGGGGGAGUUCUGCAUCAAGAUGAAAGGUCUGGCUGGCUUUGCUCGACUUUGCCCUGGAGACCAGUAUGAGAUUUUCAUGAGGUAUGGCCGUCAAAGAUGGAAACUAAAAGGCAAAAUAGAAGUCAACGAUAAGCAAAGCUGGGAUGGAGAAGAAAUGAUCUUCUUCCCCCUUAUUGUUGGGCUGAUCUCCAUUAAGGUCACAGAAGUUAAAGGUCUUGCUACUCAUAUUUUGGUUGGAAGUGUUACUUGUGAAACAAAAGACUUGUUUGCUGCUCAGCCUCAAGUGGUCGCUGUGGAUAUCAAUGACCUCGGCACAAUAAAGCUGAAUCUGGAAAUCACUUGGCACCCAUUUGAUGUUGAGGACAUUACCCCAUCAACAGGCAACGCAAACAAAGUAUCGGCUCUUCAAAGAAGGAUGUCCAUUUAUAGCCAAGGCACCCCAGAAACACCAACUUUCAAGGAACAUUCAUUUUUUAAAUGGCGACAUCCUCUACAAGACAGGCUCCACUCUGCCAUUUUAGAGACUCUGCAGGACACUUUCUUUGACAAGCUGCGUCGCAGUCGCUCAUUUAGUGAUCUGCCAUCUCUCAGGCUGAGGUCUAGAACAGGGCUAGAACGAUAUUCAAAUUUACCAGAUGAUGUUUUUGAAAAUGGAACAGCAGAAAAUGAGAAAAGGCCACUAUCUUUCAGUUUUAAUGACAUUACCAGUGGACAUUGCACUACAUCAUACUGUUCAACAGACUCGUCUUCCACCAUAGAUAAUUCCAAUCCCGAAAUUGUUGCCACAACCCCAGAACCCAGUGGGAAAAGGUUAUCUGAACCUCACACUGUGCACAAUAUUCAUUCAAGCUGUGAGGACUCCACAUCUGAAUCCAACAACUUGUCACAAGAGCAUCAUGAAAAUAUGACCACAAAUCUAGAUUCUGAAGUUUGCCAAAACUCUCUUCAUUUAAGAAGCAACAGCAUGUUCUUAGCAAAUAGUGCUUCAGUGUCACUUCUUCAGGAUACAGAUGAGUUAUCAGAAGUCAAACCUGUAGAACUGGAUACCUUUGAAGGCAAUAUCACAAAGCAGCUGGUUAAGAGACUGACAUCUGGAGAGGGGCCAAUGACACCUGAAAAGUUUCGUUGUGAGGGCUCAAUAAGUGGAGAAUCUGAAGGCUAUAAAUCAUGUGUAGAUGGAAGUCUAGAAGAAGCAUUUCAGGGGCUUCUAUUAGCUCUUGAGCCUCAUAAAGAACAGUUUAAAGAAUUCCAGGAUUUGGACCAAGGAAUUACACAUCUAGAUGAGAUCCUAAAAUGCAGACCAGUAGUAAGUCACAGCAGGUCAUCCAGCUUAAGCCUGACAAUUGAGAGUGCAUUGGAAAGUUUUGAUUUCCUCAACACUUCUGACUUUGAGGAUGAUGGUGGUGCUGAUGAGCUUUGUGGUGGUGCUUGUGGUACAGACUCUGUGUUCUCAGAUACUGAGAUCGAGAAAAACAGUUACAGGUCAGAACACCCAGAAGGCAGAGGACAUCUCAGUGAAGCAUUGACAGAAGACACAGGAGUUGGUACCAGUGUGGCUGGAAGCCCUCUUCCACUGACCACAGGAAAUGAAAGCCUUGAUAUCACCGUAGUCAAGCACUUACAGUACUGCACACAACUUAUUCAGCAAAUUGUAUUCUGUAGCAGAACUCCAUUUGUCACGAGAUAUCUUCUGGAUAAGCUAUCCCAACAAAUUUUAGUGAUUGAGAGUCUUGCAGAGAUCAGCAGUGAGGCUCUGGGGAACUUCAGACCUAUAAACGAAGCAAUUCCAGAAUUUCAGAAAAAGAUAUCCCUUUUUUCUUUCUGGAAUAAGUGUACCAAUUCUUCUGGGUUGUAUCACACCUCUGCAGACAAAAUGAUCAAACAACUGGAUAUCACUUUUGCUACAGCGGUGAAUGAUGAAUGUCCAGGACUUUCAGAAACAGUAUUCAAAACCUUGAUUUCUCAUAUCUUGGACCGUGCAGAACCUGUGCUCUCCUCCAGUCUGUCCUUGGAAGUCAUAACCGUUUUUCAGUAUUACAACUAUUUCGCUAAUAAAAAUGUUAGUGAUCUGGCAAACUAUUUGCUUCAGCUUGCAAGAGAAGCUUUAAUGGUACAAACUCUACAGUCUUUAAGAGAUGAAAAGUUCUUGCAGAAUAAGGCCAAUUUAAUCUCCAUCAGUCUCUCACCUCAACAAGAAGUGCUGAAAUCUUUGGCUGUCCUUUUGACUGAAAAUAAAAAGGAGACCUAUGAAGCUGUGGUAACGAUAUUAUCAGCUGCCGCAACAGAAAACAAAAACUUCAGGGAAAAGGCUUUAAUUUAUUACUGCGAAAGCCUUGCCCAGCCCAGCCUCCAUCUGCAGAAGGCGGCUUGCCUGGCCUUGAAAUGCCUUCAGGCAACUGAAAGCAUUAAAAUGCUGGUCACUCUUUGCCAGUCUGACAGUGAAGAGGUUAGGAAUACAGCCUCUGAAACCUUGCUCUCUCUCGGAGAAGAUGGACGGCUGGCAUAUGAACAGCUAGACAAAUUCCCCCGUGAAUUUGUUAAAGUUGGUGGUCGACGCACAACUGAAGUGGCUACAGCUUUUUAAGUGUUUCAUUUGCAUUUUAAGACAUGCCAACCUCAUCGGAAGCAAGAUGGUCUUGUAAGCAAAUUGGAAGUACAAAACCCAUUCUUUUGAAAGAUUUUUUUGAAACUUAGGAACUCAUCAGCAUUCAAAGAAAAAGAAGAUUUAAUGUAUGGGCUGCUGUUGGCUUUUCUAUGUAGCUUAUAGUGAAAUAUUGAUUUGUUGAAAAUUAUGAUAAUCUUGUUUUUUGUGAAAUCCAUGUAAUUGUUGUAAAGUCUUGGAAAGAUAAAAGAUGUUUUGAAAUUAUAACAUAAGACAUGUUUAAUAUAGAGCAGUGCUUGUUUGGUAGGCAUAAUUGUGCCAGUUUGCAAUAUGUGAUGCUGUGUUGAAAACAUUGAAAAGCAGACAUUUAAAGCCGUUCUGACUCCCACCUACUCUGAGCCUCUGUAUUUGUCAAAUAUCUGCCUGAUUUUAUUAGUAGUAGUCAUCUAGGUUAGCAUAAGCAGUACUCAAAAUUAGGCCAAAGGAUGUGAAACUCCAGAUGGUGUGAUUUGUGCCCCAUUUUUAAAUUUCCACUCUUCCUUUCUUCCUGCCCUUCACUCAGAAAUGCACAUUAAUACCAGAAUAUUUUUUUUCAUUGAUAACCAGUUGUGUGAGUUGUGUAAAGCAAGUGGAAAAUUAAAUUUGCUGUUUUUUUCUACAAAGGAGUAUACACAGUAUA